UGUAGAUCUACUUUUUGUACCUUCGUUUUUUAUUCCUGUUUAUCACUCCCGUGUUUCAAAAAUAUUUGGAAGCGGUAUCUGUGACUCGAUCCCUUUUUUGUCUCAGGACAGAUUAACUAAUUUUGAUUAUCAUGCUAUCUGCGACUUUUAAAAUACGUGUUACAUCGAUGUAUACACUACUAGACCAUCUCUGCUCUAGCAAUAAUAGGAGCCCGUGCGGUCGGUGAGCAGAUUUUGCUUAGUAAUACGUUAUGAUCUCACCUAGUUCUGCAACUAUCCAGCAGUUACUGCAGUUUCCAGUGCGCAUUGUUUUGCUCUCUUUCGGAUCGUAUAUGUUGAGUGCUUGAGGCGCUGUUCCAUAAGAUACUACACAGCCAUGAUGUACUUUUUAGCUAUUACAUUCGGGCAGUAUGUCAAAUACUGGUAAAUCAUGAAUAUUUACCCAUUUGCUUACCGUUGACAGCUCUUUCAGUUUUUUUUUGCGUUUUUAUAUCGACUUUUUUUGGCAGUACGAUUAAUAUUCUUUGCCUAUCAGUACAUCCAUUUUUGAAAAUUUUUUUUUAUAACGUCACAUGUCUCGACAUUGGUGCGGAAAGAAAAGGAGUUUCACAGUCGAGAUUUAUGUACAAGUUUCUUGCAAAGUUCUAUAGGCAAAUGCAUUAAUUUGGUGGAACCCACACCUAUUUAAUUCUGAAUAACAAGUCAUGCUUAAUUCCAUUUCCAUCGAUGAUGUCCUGCAUCUGUACUAACAUAAAUUAAACAGUUGCUGUGGGACCCUGGUGGAAUUCAGGUAAGGGUGUAACAAAUAGAGUAGUAAAUAGUAGUAGUUCACUACCAAGAUUUAUUAUGAGAAAAUGGAGAAAUGAAGCUUGAUUAAAGUUACAAUGGAUUUAGUGAUAAAUUGAGAACUAGAGUUAACGAAAGGUGUUUUACCUUUAAUAUACAACCGGUAAGCCCAGUCAAUAUUUGUUAAGAGAAGUGUUGAUGAUGUGGAAAUAUACGCAUAUGUUUGUCGUCAAAAAUGUAGUAAAACAAAGCAGAGACCCUGAUUAAAAAAAUACCUGGCGAUACUACAAAAUAAAAAUUAAUGCAGUACUGGGAAACGAUGAUUAUAACAUGAGCUCAUGGAUCAUGAGCCGCGUGUUAACAGUGACUAGUGUUAAAAAGAGUAACAAAAAGGGAGAUUAGAACAAGCAAGUAUUAAAUCAAAAUAAUACGGCAGUUAACAGAAGAGGCACUUGAUUAAUAGGACAAGCGAUCAGUAAGUAUGAUAAAUAUUUAUUUUGCCCAAAAUCUUUAUAAAGGUUAUAAUCAAUAUAUCAAUAUCUGAUAUGAAGCGGAUCGAUUAGAUUUAAACUAAGAGAAUGCAUUAGCUUUAUUAUUGCUUUAACUAAUGAAAGAACGCCCAAAAUAAACACCAGGUAAUACCUAAGAAAAACGGAAUUAACUGUCAGAAAACUGCUUUAAGUAGACUUGUGAGAAGUGGGGCUAUGGGUAGUGCUCUGCUGCGUUUUUGUAUUGUGUAGCUUGCGAAGCCCGUUAUGAUUUAGUUAAGAAUACGCAUUCACACGCCUGAGUAACUGCUGUAUUUGUAAUCUCAGAUCAUGAAAAGAUGAUUAUUACGGUGCUUAAAAUAUGCGUUAGUCGUAUCAAUUAUCAUUCGAAAAAUAAAAGCCUGAUAAAACGUACUAAUGUUAUAUAUAGCAAUAUAUAUAUAUAAGACAUCUGCAUUUGGAAUUACAAAAACUGGUUUCAAAUAGUCUUGAAAACAAAUUAUAUUGGAAAUCGAGUUAUGUCUUUCGCUAUCAAGACAAAAGCGUGCGUUAAUAGACAGAACUAUUGCAAUUACAUGUUGCUUAAAUAAGAAUAGAUUAAUCCAAGUUAGAACGCAAAAAGUUAAAAGUUAAAAAUAUUCCGAACAAUCUAGUAAUAUUUAGCAGUCGACACCUGACUGUGUUGGAAUUACUUACUAUGAAUUAAAGAAGCAUUUUUAGCGUCAAGCAAGUAAACGGUGAAAGAAUAACUUUAAAGUCGAAUUCCUUGUGAACGUUUAUGAUUCAUUGGUAGGAAAUCGCUGUAGAGGGUACUGAGAAAAUGAUCGUCAAUAGAUUCAAAUCCGGAGUAAGAGAAACCGCCAGAAGUACCUAAUUGGCGGGCUUUAAAUCACGCAUGUUGUGUGAUGACCGAAAGAAUCUAUUCAUUCAUAUUUCAUCAUUACACAGCGUCCUGUAGUUAUGCAAUUAAUGCGCUAUUUAAAAGCCGUGACUUAGUAUAGUCCUAUAGGUUAUAAAGUUGGAAGUUGCGGCACACUGUAUGCGAAGAGCUGGCCUAUUACAUAAAAAUAGUGAAAGUGUAAAAAAAGGACUUGCUACAUGUCAGCGCAUUUUAUCUUGUCUUCUCAAUAGUGUAGUGAUAACAUGUUUGCUUACUACACUUAAAAAUACGGUAAUGAAGCAGUAUUUAAUGGCUCAAGUAUCGGACGUAUAACUUGAAAUAUUUAAAGCGUUUCGUCUUCGGUAAAGAAUAGUGACUACUAAAAAGAGGUGAAAUUUGUACAGAAACAUAGCGUAAUAAUUGAUGUUUAUUAAUUAACGAACAGGUUACACAUAAUUAGGGCCCCACACAAGGAGCGAACAGAAGUAGAGGAAAACAUGUAUGAAUUUAUGUAUGUUUUAUUACUUGCACUUUAAACUGUUGCAGUAAUGAGGCUUUAAAAGCAUAAAUUACGUAAUAGGAAAUAAAAAAUUCAAACAUUGUCGGAAUCAUUUGUUUUAACAGUUAGGUGUGCAUAAUCCAUGUCUGAGAACAUGAUGGGUAAUCAAAGGAGUUGAUUCAAACUGUAUGAUCACGACACUGAGACCGAUCAGCAAUUAAACAUCUGUGUCAAUGUUGCUUACAUAGCUACGAUAGAUCUAAAAGGCGGUGACGACUCUAAUGCGGAGAUAACGAAGGACGGAGAAAAAAUACAGGGACAGCUUCGAGUUACAAACUUUUUUCAAAUAAUUUUCUUUAUUCAUUAAAAUUGUGCAGUAAGUCUUGUGAUCUGAAUUGUGUUGAAUACAACAAAGAGUCUGAACGAACGAAGAGACCAUUUUUACUUAAAAGCAAGGGAUUUAUCGUUCGAGAUGGGCCUUGGUCGUUCUUCACUGAAGAAAAUAUAGAAGACGUCUUGAAAGGAUCUCCUUGUGUUUAUGACAGACCAGCCGCCCGCCACUGGUAGAUAACUUACAAACAGUCGGUCGCUGCUCUUGGUGCUCUCUCUCAUCUCAUCUCAACGAUCAGCGAAAACCACCAAAAACCGAAGAUCAACAAACAAAAACAAAAAAAUUUGCCAUGAUGAAGCACAGUGGAAAAAACAAGCUUAAUUUAAAGUUACCAGCAAUGGACAGUAAUACGCAGGGUCAGCAACAUCCAGAAAGUGAUGAUAAACAACCUUACACUAACAGCGCUGUAGGAAAUACUGGAAGCGGAAACGGAGGUACACAGAACAGCUCUUCACUCACAAUGUGUAGUACUACCCUCUCAGGUCUUGCAUCGAGUACAGGUCAUCAUUUUGCACCGCAGCAUCAAAACCGUCACAGGGAAACUAAUGGAGGUGGGAGUUUGCAUUUGAAUGAUUCCAUAUCAUCUGGAGGUUUUGGCGGAGAACAGGUGGAUGCUGUACGUCGAAGUCUUGAGGGUUUAGAUUUAGACGAAAAGCAACGCACACGACUAGCCGACUUUCUUUUCCAAAAACAAAGAGUCAAGGGAAAAGACAAGGAUCUUUGCCCAGAAGACUUCGAUAGUCUUGGUGAGCUCGGAGCUGGAAAUGGCGGAGUCGUCACAAAAGUUCUUCACCGGCCAUCCGGUCUCAUAAUGGCACGCAAAAUGAUUCACCUUGAAGUGAAGCCUGCUAUACGUAACCAGAUCAUCCGCGAGCUUAAGGUGCUGGACGAGUGUAAUUCUCCGCAUAUUGUAGGCUUCUACGGAUCAUUCUACAGUGAUGGUGAAAUCAAUGUGUGUAUGGAAUACAUGGACGGAGGAUCCCUUGAUCUUGUACUACGAAGGGCGCACCGCAUUCCAGAGGAUGUACUUGGAAAGGUCACGAUGUCCGUUCUCAAGGGUCUUAGCUACCUUAGGGAGAAACAUCAGAUCAUGCAUCGCGACGUCAAACCCUCAAAUAUCCUUGUUAAUUCAAGUGGUGAGAUUAAACUUUGCGAUUUCGGAGUAUCCGGUCAGUUAAUCGAUUCGAUGGCUAAUUCCUUCGUGGGAACCAGAUCGUAUAUGGCUCCAGAACGGCUCCAGGGAACUCACUAUACAGUUCAGUCAGACAUAUGGUCGCUUGGAUUAUCGCUUGUUGAAAUGGCGAUUGGCAGAUAUCCCAUUCCACCGCCAGACCACAGAGAAUUAGCAGCCAUUUUUGGGGCGGCGACACCAGGUUCUUCUACUUCCUCGACAAACCAGCAGGCGGCAGGUGGCGAUUGUGGUACUGGAGGAUCUGGUGGAGGAUCGACUGGACUGUCGUUAGGGAGCGCCACAGAUACAGACACCACUGUAGGCAUGAAUAUAGGAGCAUCAGUAGUACCUCCUCGGGCUAUGUCCAUUUUUGAGUUGCUCGAUUAUAUUGUAAAUGAGGCCCCACCAACGGUACCUGCUACACCUGGUUUCUUUUCAGCUGAGUUCAAGUCAUUUGUCGAUCGGUGUCUGAAGCGUAAUCCUUCGGAACGCGGUGAUCUCAAAACUUUAGCAGGACACGAAUGGCUAGCAAGAGCCGAACACCGUCGGGUAGACAUGGCUCGAUGGGUAUGCAAUGUUAUGGGUGUAGACCUUACGCCGCCGGCAGGAAACUACAACCAUAACUUUGCGUCUGCCUAUCAAACAGGCCAGAGCAUUCAGGGUGCAAACACUAAUUCUGCGGGGGGUGCAGGAUGUGUAAACGCAAUUCAAACAGGUGCUGUGGGUACUAAUCAUGGAAAUUAUAUCAAUCAGGAACACAUCCCUCGUUCUUAGCCAGUAGCUGUACUUUGCUCAUUCAAAAGUUUUUAUUUCGAUUUCAUGCCUUAGCCAAAUUUAAUAGGAUAACUGAUGCAUUAGGAUAAUAAUGGUUAUAACUUUCUAAACUAUACCCCUGUUCCUAAAAAUAUCAGAUAGAUUUAAUUAGAAUUCAAGUAAUAGCAAGAUGUCGGUUGAAGGAACUGAUAUGAUUUCAAUUAACGGAAAAUUUUGACAGAUUAAUUAAGCUGCAAUCAAUUACUGAUACUUGUUAAAAGUUAAUAACCAUACACGCGGUUUUUCUUCUACCCGAACGAGCGCUACCCAUUGGGCUAAAUGUGCGCCCUUAAGUAAUAGUUUUUUAACGAAUUUAAAUAUUCCAUUUAUCAUACUCAGAUGCGUUAUAUCCUAUGUUUGACACAUAAGAACGUUUAACGUUGUUACAUAUGCAUUUAUGAUUAAAGUGCACCGUGAAUUACUUAUAAAUCAGCCAAUUAAUAUUUAGUUUGAGGUAGGAGUUUGACCAUUUAUACAGGACAAAAAAUACUGAAACCACAAUUAUGAUUUCAGAUUUCAUUAACUAUACAUGUGAUUGUUAAAUGCUGUUUUGGGGUCACCAGUGGGGAUGCACGUUGAUACGUACCAGUCAAGACACUGAAGGGUCUUUUAUGACAAACUUACAUAUUUUAAAUCCGAUCGCGAUUUAGCAUUGUACAUACAAAGAACUUCAAAAUGCGUAGGUUGACAUAAUAAAUUGAAGAUGGUAUGGAGCAGAAGAUGUGUUGUCCUAUGCAUGUUUGCAAAUACGUUUCCUAUUUUAAUAUUUAAGCUUGGAUCAAAGCGCAAAGUGAAAAACCAGCAAAAGCGUAUGGCGACUGUAAUGAGAACUCCCAUAAAGGCAAAAAUUACCUUGAGCAUAACCACCCACGAUUCUGCUUUUAAAUAACAUUUUCUUAAGAGGAACAGUGCCGCUCUGCGUUCAACUAAAGUAGCGUUUGCGAAUUUCUUCGAGUUGCGAGACUUCAGAUGAGUCAAAUGUUUGUCGAAUUUGGUGCGAGCUGUUUCUAAGCGUCUUCACCAAUGAACCUGCGGUAUACUAAUAGGUUUUUUACAAAAAGAGCACAUUCCUUUAGGUUAAAAUUGUACAUGAUAGGAAAGAAAAAAA